UGGCAUCUCUUUCUUUGGUAGAGAAUUUCGGAUGAUGGCGCUGAAUAAGGAUAAAGAAAAGGAGGGUGAAGAACAAGGGUUACGUUAUCAAGUAAGAAAGAGAAUAUCACCUCUUCCAAUAAGUCAAACCUAUAUCCCUGAGUAUUACUAUUCUCGGGUAUCCCCAGUCCAUCAAGUCAAGGCGAGUAGAGGAGAACUACUAUCAGAGAGUUGGUCAGUUUGGGAAGCAAGAAAUGGGUUAUGGAGUCCUGAGCUUGAGCAGAAUUGCUCACCUUCACUGUUCCUACAUACUCCUACAUCCUCUACGGGAAAACACCUUACUGAAAGUUUAAGAGAAUGGGCACAGACGGAACAGUGGUCAAACGAUGACACGGUAGUUGUACAGACAACUAGUGAAAAUACAGUGUUGGCAAAACAAGAGAAAGUAACAUAUGCUAAAGAAUUGCCCCAGAAGACACUAUUGACUGAGUUAGCAAAUAGUGUUUGCUAUCCACCUCAAGAGAAUUCAAGACGUAGCAAUAUCGAUGACAGCAACAACGUCGUUUGGUUAUCCAAAACAAAUACGCAAAUGGAUGCUCUUCAGAAUGGCAUUCCUGCGGAAGAUGAACAAAAGUGCAAAGGCAGUUAUGUACAGGAACAAGCGGAACCCUUUUAUUCAGACUCUUUAUCCAUCCGAGUAGAAGAUAGACAUCCAUUCAACACUCCAACAGAAGAACAAUAUUCUAUCCAGUUUGUUAAUCAACUCAAUAAGAUAGGAACGCAACCGAAUGAAAUUUUCAGCAAUAAUGAUGAAACACAGUGUCGUUGGAAGUCACCUCAGUCUUCAAAUGAAAUGCACUGUUCUUCAAAGAAAAGGUCGGUAAAGGAUGAUAUAGAGAUGAGAGCAGCUAGAAUUAUGCGGAACCGUGAGGCAGCUCAACGUUCUCGUCAAAAUGCUAAAGCUAAGCUUCAAUAUUUGGAGAAAGAAAAUAAACGAUUACGUAGCAACUUGUAUAUAUUGGAACGAGAAAAUUUUUGGUUGCGAAAACAAGUUGAGUUGGUACAGAAUUGUGUGAGUCAACUAAAAGAAAAUACGAUGAACAAAUAUAGCGACAUGUCAAUGUAAGUUGGAUAUGAAUGAACAGUUGGAGAAGCAUUACAAAGAAGCAACUUACUUGAAGGGAAUUUUGGCAGGGAGAUUCUGAUAUUCUGAAUAUCAAGCUAUUUCAAAUAGAACAGUGGGAUUCGAAUGGUUGUGUAAAUGUUCAUGGAUGUUCACAUGUGCUAUGGUUUGUUCAAGUUGAAACGUGAUUGUUUCAUUUCAGUGAAGAUAUAUUCGUAGUGGAGCGAAUAGAAUGUAGUAAGAGCUUGGAUUGGAUCACCGUUGACACGAACCUCUAGUGAAAGUUCUGCUUAUUAUUCUUUUAGAUUAUAGAGGAAAAGAUAUAGUUUUGAUGGAAAGUUGGAGAACCCACCAACAUGUUCAUCCAUAGAAAAGUCAUCUUCAGAGAAUCUAUAAAUUUUUCCAAAAAUGAACUUUGGUAACGAUAUUCGGAGGUCCGAUGCUAAAAAGUGUUCAAUGCUUCUCAGUAGUUAUUUUCUCUCCAACCUUUGUCUUUGUUUAUUAUAUAUUUAUCUGAGAUUGCAUAUCAGUACGUUCUUGUGAGUU